AUGUCGAACAAGCGGAUAGAACAAAGCGAAAUUGAGAAGUACUGGGAAAUCUUCGCAUCCCUUUCAAAUGGCGGCACGCAUCUCACAGGAUCUCAGGCAGCACCGGUCCUGAAGAACAGCCAGCUGCGCGACGAUCAACUCGAGCGGAUAUGGGACCUGGCAGAUGUGGAUAAUGACGGAAACUUGGAUUUUGAAGAAUUCUGCGUAGCUAUGCGCCUAAUCUUUGAUUUGGUUAAUGGAGAAUACGCCGACGUCCCACCACAGCUUCCAGAUUGGCUGGUCCCGGAGUCGAAAGCACAUCUUGUACAAGCAAACCGAGCGUUGACAGGGAGACAAGUUCAAUUCGAACGCAUUGAAGAUGAUGACGAUUCACCAGGCCUGAAGGAUGGAUUCGAUUGGUAUAUGAGCCCAUCUGACAAGGCCAAAUACGAAGAGAUCUACUCUGCCAACCGGGACGGCCGAGGAGACAUCACCUUCGAAUCUCUCGACUCCCUCUAUUCCUCCCUCGAUGUUCCGGAUACCGAUAUUCGAUCAGCAUGGAAUCUCAUAAACCCAUCCGCAUCUUCCGCCAUCUCCAAAGAUGCCACAUUAGCCUUCCUACACAUUCUCAACAACCGCCAUGAAGGAUACCGCAUACCAAGAACAGUACCACCUUCCUUGCGAGCUAGUUUCGAGCGAAAUCAAAUCGACUAUCAGAUUGAUAACCAGCGAACAUCAUCACCAGCUCAACGAUGGGGUUCUACAGGCAGCGAGGAAACCAGCACGGGGCGGAAAGCCAAGUUCGGAGAUACGUACUUGAGCCGGAUGGGAAUGGGAGGCAAGUCUAGCUACCGACCAGCUGGAACGGAUUUCUCUGCAACCAAGACGACCGAAGAUUGGGAAGAAGUAAGACUCAAGAAGCAACUCUCUGAGCUAGAAGCAAAGAUUGAGAAGGUGGAAGCUGCAUCGGCGAGUCGCUCCGGGGGGAAACGCGAUACCAAACCUGCUCUUGUGAAGAGGGAGCUUGAGCAAUUGUUGGAUUACAAACGACGUGAGCUACGAGAUCUGGAAUCUGGGGAGGGGAACAGCAAGGUUGGGGCGAGUUUGAAGGGAGUUGCGGAUGAGAUUGCUACUGUGAAGGAACAGGUUGAUGGAUUGGAGGCUCAUUUGAGGUCUCGUCAGCAGGUGCUAGCAGAGUUGCAGCAGGAUAUUGAGAAUGAAAAGUCUGGUAGAUAGACAUCUUCGGAAUUUAGCAUGGUAUUUUCCUCCGGCUUGAGUCUGUAAUCAUCGUCCUUGUGUAUUGAUUCUUUGAUUUGACACUACUAC